AUGAUAUUAAGCUUCUUUGAUCAAUUUUUAAGUCCCUCUUUCCUAGGUAUCUCUCUAAUAACCCUAGCUUUAAUUCUCCCUUGAAUCCUCUUCCCAACUCCUUCUAAUCGGUGACUAAAUAAUCGACUCCUAACCCUGCAAAACUGAUCUAUUAACCGAUUUACACAACAACUUUUUAUGCCUCUGAAUCAAGAAGGUCAUAAAUGAGCACUUAUCCUCUGCUCUUUAAUAAUGUUCCUUAUCACCCUCAACUCAUUAGGGCUUCUACCCUAUACCUUUACCCCCACCACACAACUUGCCCUAAAUAUAGGUUUGGCAGUUCCAUUUUGACUGGCAACAGUUAUUACUGGCUUGCGAAACCGACCAACAAUUGUUAUUGGGCAUAUUUUACCCGAAGCUACCCCCGGGCCACUUAUUUUAGUAUUAAUUAUUAUCGAGACAGCAAGUCUACUAAUUCGACCCCUAGCUUUAGGUGUACGACUAACGGCUAAUUUAACCGCAGGCCACCUUCUCAUUCAACUAAUUUCUACAGCUACAUUUGUAUUACUCCCUAUGAUGACUACUGUCGCAUCACUAACUUUAAUCUUAUUGUACCUCCUAAGCCUUCUUGAAGUAGCCGUAGCCAUAAUUCAGGCUUACGUCUUUGUUCUUCUUCUUAGCCUGUAUCUCCAAGAAAACAUUUAA